CGUACAUUGGAUAAGAGCCCAUAAAACUACACACGUGGACACCAUCUCAAUCCUCGUUUCUGCCACGUGGAAAUAACCCCAUAAUUAUAUAAAUACUCAUCAAAUGUAACCCAAAAUCAAUUUUCCAUGAAGGAAGCCAUGAAGCGUACUAGUAGUAGUGGUACUGCUCACAGUCACAGUCACCGGCUCCACCGCUUACGGCCGUGCCUACUUGCCGUCGUCAUCACCACCGUGUUCAUCACACUCGCCAUCACCAAAACCAUGACCAACUUCAACUACAACAACGUCUCAUCAUUCCUCAAGCCCUGCCCUCCGCCCGACCCGGUUGCGAUUGCGAAGGCGGCCGAGUUCGCGGCGAAGCCGACUCAGCUCCUCGCCAUAGUCCACUACGCCACGUCCUCCGUCGUUCCGCAGCAGUCGAUCGACGAGAUCCGCGUGUCGUUCGACGUGCUCCGCGCCGUCGGACCCUGCAACUUCCUCGUCUUCGGCGUCGGACGCGACUCCCUGAUGUGGGCCUCGCUCAAUCCACGUGGCGCCACCUUGUUCCUCGAGGAGGAUCCGAGUUGGGUCAAAACGGUGCUCCGAGAUGCCCCGAUUCUAAGAGCCCACCCGGUCAAAUACCGGACUCGGUUAUCCCAAGCCGACGAGCUCAUUUCGAGCUACAAAGACGACCCGGACUGCUCACCGUCGACGGCGCGGCUCAGCCCCAAUAGCCGAUGUAGACUGGCGCUGACGGAGCUGCCUAGUGAGGUGUACGAUACGGAGUGGGACUUGAUAAUGAUCGACGCGCCGAGGGGUUAUUUUCCCGCGGCGCCGGGAAGAAUGGCGGCGAUAUACUCUGCGGCGGUUAUGGCACGUGCGAGAGUGGGGGCGGGAGUGACACACGUGUUCGUUCACGACGUGAAUAGGAGGGUGGAGAAGAUGUUCGCCGAGGAGUUCCUAUGUGGGAAGUUCAGAGUUAACGCAAUCGGGAGGCUCUGGCAUUUCGCCAUUCCUCUGGCUGCUGACGUCAGCAAUGCCGGUUCUAGCUUUUGUUAAGUAUAACCAAUAAAAAAAGAAAAAUUUAAUGUAACAUUUUUUUUUAAUAUAAUUUUCAUUCAUAGUGAUAUGACUAAUAAUUAAUGAAAGGUGUACUAUUAAAUUAAUAACAUGAUGGGUAUGAAUAUUUGUGGUAAAUUAUAGAAGACAAGUCUAGUUUGGUGAAAGUGAUAUGGUUUAGGAAAAGAUAAUUACUUAGUUAUAUUUCAUGUUCAUUGAGCUAUGCUAUUCGUCGCGACGACGAGGACAAUUGUGGGCAACUGCCCCCUUUACAAUUGGAUAAUUUGAAAAAGAAUUCUUCAAUUUUUU